AGUGUUGAUUUAACUUCUUAGGUUUGAGGACGUCUUGAAACUUUUAUUAAAAAUGACGACUGUUGUUGAUAUUUUAAACUUUGAGAACCCAAUUUUUAAUGCAUUUGUGUUCUGGUCGACAGUUUUAGUUUUGAAAAUGCUUUUGAUGUCAAUAUUGACAGCGAUGCAAAGAUUCAAGACUAAGACUUUUGCUAAUGCAGAAGAUACAACAACAUUCAAGAACUUGAAGCCUAAAUUUAAUGAUCCCGAUGUUGAGAGAGUUCGACGAGCUCACAGAAAUGAUAUGGAAAAUAUUCCAGCUUUUAUAACUGUUGCAUUCUUCUAUAUGUUAACUUCACCAUCAGCAUUCUUCGCUAUUAAUUUAUUCCGAAUUGCAGCUAUUGGAAGAAUCGUUCAUACUAUUGUCUAUGCUAUCUUCCCAAUGCAACCAACUCGGGCAAUUGCAUGGUUUGCAUGCUAUGCCACUACUGCCUACAUGGGAAUUCAAGUCUUAUUUUUCUUCCUUGGAUAAAUGUGUGGGUGUUUAAUAAUAAAUUUCUUUUAUUUGUUAUGCAACAUGUGAAAUAAAAAUUCGAAUAAAAAAGUUAAAUACAUAACAGAA